AUUUCCAAAAAUGCCAAAUUAUUUCUGUUACAAUAUGUUUUUAUUAAAUCAUAUAUUGAUUUACCUCUGUUGCACUGAAAUUGCACUUUUUGUGAAUUUUAUGAAAAAUAUUUAGAGAUUUUAUGACUUUAACUUGUAUCAUCAUAUUGUGGUUUACAUCCAGCCUAUGCUAAAUUUGCCUUUGAUUCAUCACCAUAGCUUUCUUUAUAUAUUUUUAGGUUUCAAUCAAAACUCUAGAUUAUGUUUUUGACUUGCAACCAUAUCAAAAAGAGUUCAAGUAAAUUGAUUACUGGCAUUAGACUCAAAACAAAAAAAUUGUUACUGAGCUAUACAAAAAGACUUUGGAGUGCUUCAGUACAGGGUGUCCAUAAAGUUUACAAUUUUAAGUUUAUUAGGUCAGUUCUCAAUAUAUCUUAACCAGAUUUGUUUUUCAAUCAGUAAUUGUUCGAGUAUUUUUACUUCAUUCAAUACAUCUGUGAGGGCCAAAACACUAUGUGGUAUCAUCAAAUCUUCUUUGUAAUUUUAAUAAAUUUCAAGACUAAUCCUAUAUACCAAAAUACCCAGUUUCAAAUUAUUUAAAUAUUUGGAUUGCUUUGGACUAACAAACCAACUUUCAUUUCUUUGUGUUCAAAGCUCAUAGUAAAAUAAUUACAAGAGAUACUGCUUUAUUUUGUUGCAUUAUGGCUCAAUCUCCAGCUGGCUCAUAUUCAAUGCUUGAUGAAGCUGUUGAACCAGAGGGUGGGACAGCAAGCCCCCAACAGGGUCAGGUUACUUUGCCACCCCAGCAGGCAACGACUACAUCAACCCCUCAGACGAAGCCGAGAGAAAAAUACAAACUUGUUUUGUAUCGACUUGGAGUUACUGAAAUUGUUCUUGGCCUUUUAUCUGUAGUUUUGUGCAUCGGUACGUUGCUCAUUGCAUGCACAAAGAAGACUUUCGCCUAUCAUAGCUCUAGGAAUAACAUAACAUGUUAUUACUGGUAUACUAUCAACUACAGCAUGGCGUAUGCGUCUCCCGGAAUAUGGUGCGGUGCUAUCGUAAUUGCAUCUGGAAUUCUUGGAUUCAAAGUUAGAAGAAAACCUUCAAUCUGUUUAUAUAAUGCGAAUAUGGCAGUCAGUAUUGUAGCUUCUUGCUUCAUGGCUACGUUGUGUAUAAUGUCUGCGAUAUGUGCUGGAGACAUUUACCCACGUGAAGGAAAUGGAGGAAUCAUUGCCGUUCAUUCUAUUAUGGCUGUCAUUGGAUUUGCCGGAAUGAUUAUUUGUAUUAUUCAUUCUGCAUAUUGUUGCACUGGUGUCUGUUGCCGCAAAAAACCACAAGGCGUGGUUGUAUAUGCAGCUCACCCUGCUUAUUCGCAACAACGAAUGGUUCAGCUUGCAAACGGCCAAUUCAUUAUGAUACCUGCUCAAGGAUAUGCACCGGGAACUUCAUAUUACCCCGGUGCACAAAUGCCUCCUCAACCAGGAGUGGCCGUUCCAACCUACCCGCAGACACCAAACUCUCAAAUGACAAAAGAACAAGAAGCUCAAGUGAACCAGAACCCACUCUUGCAUGCAUAAGAGAUUCGAAAAUUUUUCAACAUUUUAUCUCAAAGCCGUAAAGCUGAAGUUAUUUCAGAUUAUGUGAUGUUUUAAAAAUCAUCGCGUGCUAUUUUACUAAACAUUCAUUUAUUUGUUUUUUGUAAAAACACAUAUUGCGUUUUAAUUUUAUUUGUUUAUUUCAAACACAAUUUCAUGACAUCACCACAAUUAUACUGACUAAAUUUAUAUUGCUGUCUCUGUUCCACUUGAAUACAUAGAUUUUAUUUGGUGCUCCCG